GCCAGCCUGUCGUAGUGGUUAGAAUGUCAGACUAGGACGCAGGAGAUCUGGGUUCAAAUCGUCAUCAUGCCAUGGAAACUUCCUGGGUGACGUUGGUCCUAAAUGGAGCUGCCUAGGCAACAGCAUGCAACUUCACUCAGGAUUCUCUUUUAAGGCAGCCCUUGAAAACCAGAAGCAAGAUGGUGAGUCUGAUCCAAAGAGAUUAUUUGGCUCACCAAAGAUAGUUGUGUGACUGUGGAGAAUUUCUUUGAGCCUUCCUAGCCACAACUAGUAGAUUCCAAAGGAAAAUGGACUUCCAGGGAACAGAAAACAAGAAAAAAGGCAGGAACUUUUCUUCCAUCCCUUUAAAAUUCCAGACUUCUGUGAUCUCAAACACUGAAAAGAAAGGUUUUAAUUCUCAGUCAAAGAGAAUUCUGUUUAUUCCGAAUGAAAAUCCAGGUCCAGGAUGUUACAAUGUCACACAUCAAUCUACUCUUCUCAACAAUGUCUCCCAGUCCCGGAAAGGAACUUGUUUUUUUCCUUCCUUGGACUCACGUCUUGCUUACCACAGAGCCCCUAGCUAUCCUGCUGCAAAUGCCUACAGUCUCCCGCCUACGCUCGGAUCCAAGAAAGACUUUAGCUUAGGAUAUUCCAGCAUGUUUCAACAACCGGUUUCUAGGAAGAUACGCACAGCAGCUACUCCAGCCCCCAACCAUUAUAAUGUCUCCAUGAAUGCCUGCAAGAGGAGCCAGAACAUAGGGGCCAAGUCAGUGUUCUCAUCCAGAACAAGACGAGAGUUGCCAGUCAAUAGCAAGGAAAAAGUUCCUUCUCCUUGUCAUUACCAAAUUAACGACUCCUUCGUCCGGCAGUCGCCUACAAUGCUGGUGUCCUGCUUCAAGUCUAGAACUACUCGUGAAAUCAAAACAGUGUCUCUGAGUCCAGGGCCUGCAGCCUAUCAGCCCAGGGGGACCCCCAGCCCAGUACGAAGGAAGUCCCUUGGCUUACGAAAACACACCUUGAACUUCUCAGCCCCGCCUACCUCUCGUCCCAGAACCCCCCCUUCACCUGGACCUGGCCAAUAUGAAAUAGUAGAUUACAAAGGGCCGAGCAAGCAUUACAUUUCCAGUGCUGCAUUUGUCUCGAACACAGACCGUUGUUUCAGAGAUAAAUUCCACCAAGAAAUACCUGGCCCAGGGUCAUACAACUUACCAAUACCCCGGAAGCAAUCCUUCAUCUACAACACCAAUAACAAAUGGGUGCCAGUACUUUGAUGCAGAGGCCCCUGCCAGGAUUUUGGUUGCCUGUGAACAAACAAAAAAAUAAUAAUCCACCAGUUUGCGUUCCUGUAUUUAUUUAUUUUUAGUGGAUCAUUGAAUCAUUCUUUCUUUUGCCUUUCACUUGCUACAGAAAAAGUUUUUGAUAGAAACGGAUGUCUGUUUAUAUUGUCGACUUCAGGUUAACAAACUGAUCAAGCCUUUCACUUUAUUGAUAAAAAAACCCAGUCUUCUUU